AUGUUUACUCUUUAUGUAUGGGGUUCAGGUUUUGAUCUACCUUCAAUUGAUCCAGGUUGUUUGACAGUUAUUUCUUAUUUUCAACUUUUUGUCACAGAAGAAUGGUGUAUCAUUGAAUGUAACAACCCAAACUUAUCUUGGACGGGUGAAUUACCAGUUUUGAAAGACGGAGUAGAAUGGGUUACAGCAAUCCGUCCUCUUUAUGGAAGACUCCUCGCCUUUCCGAUUAAUUAUUUCAUACCUGGUCAAAUGCGGGAGAUUGCUAAAUCAAGAUUAGAAAAAUAUGGUAUUGUCUCUGUUGGAGAUCGAGAUUUUCUUGUGGACAAGGACCUAGAGAUGUAUAAAAUUAUAAGGAAAUCUUAUGAUGUAUUGUUGAAUAAAAUCGGAAAUGAGGAGUUUUUCCUUGGAAAUAAACUUUCCACACUUGACAUAAUGAUAUAUGGACAUCUAGCAGUUCAUCUAUAUUCGGAUCUACCAAAUCCAAAUUUAGCUAUUAUUCUCAAUACAGAAUAUCCUCGGCUUGCAAGGUUUUGUGAGCUCAUGAAAAAUCGACUUUCUGAAAGUGAGAUCGUAAAAUUGCCGGCAAAUGACCUUCCAUCUGUCUUCACAGGAAUAUUCAGUUCUCCACGCACAUGGUUUAACAACACGUUCUGGAGAACUAGGAACGUAGAAAAAAUGCCAGAAAAAUCUCAAGCUGAAAAGGAUUUUGAGAGAAAAAGAUUGAUAUCUAUUACUGGAGCAGUUUUAUUUAUGGUCAUUUAUGUAGUCUGGAAUGGAAUCAUCAGGAUAGAAUUUACUGAUUAA